CGAGCUCCCGAAGAGCACACUCCUUGCGCGCAUCAGGGCCCCGGGGCAGCAGCAAACCGGCGCAUCCUUCCGACGGCGCUCCUUUGAAACACACUUUGAGGCUACCAAGGGGUACACUGCAAUGCAAAACUUGUUCACCGAGGUGGCGUAUCUAUGGCUGCUUUCGUUAGGAUUUUGCAUUGGAGGAAAAAUUCCUACGAUGCCAAGGCCCAAGCUUUACGGACACAUGCUGCCGAAACACACCUUGGACACACGGUACAGACCAGUGAUGAAAAGAAUAGUCUUGUACCACAACUUCUUUCGCACCCGUGUUGACCCACCAGCCAGCGAUAUGCUCGAAAUGACAUGGCACAAAGGAGCUGCGAAGGAUGCCCAGCGCUGGGCGGAAAGUUGUCAGCUUCUUGUUCACGACAGCGCUUCAGGACGCUGGGUUGAAGAUUACGGAUCCUGCGGGCAGAAUAUCUUCGUGUCGAACGUGAAAGUGCCAUGGUUUUUCGCCAUCAAGGUAUGGUUCCUAGAGCAUCACAACUUCUCCUUUGGAGACACCGGGAAUAACAUUCCUUCAAUGGUUGGCCAUUACACCCAGAUGGUGUGGUACAGCUCACACAAAGUGGGAUGCGGCUUUCACUACUGCGACCGAAACGUCGUGAAGAAACCGUUCUACAACUACGUGUGCAAUUACUGCCCCAUCGGCAACUAUCCCGAACGCUUUGGAAAGCCGUACACGAAAGGAAAACCCUGCAGCAAGUGUCCCGGCCACUGCCGCUCCAAGAAAUUGUGCACAAACGCCUGCGAGCACGCCGACUUUUGGGUGAACUGCCGCGAAAUCUCCAAACAUUGGCACAAGUGGCUGUGUAGUGACCCUACCAAAGAACAGUACAAGGCCUGCAAAGCGACGUGUUUGUGCAAGGAGCGCAUCAAGUGACCAGCAUUGCACGAACUACGGACGGCUUCGAGACGCUUCCUGACUCUCGGAAGUCGGCACUUUUUGGCUAGAGUCCAAAAACACCAGUGACAAUGUGAUGGAGCCCCACAGUCACAUGUCCGUACUCCAGUAACAGCCAGUGUCAUUGCGUCAUGUGCGUGAAUUGACAGGCACACAUUCGACACUGAGUGCUUAUCCGAUAAAAGUGCACAGUUAUGCGUGAUGUAAUUCUUUCCCGAAAAUCUUUGGAGCAUGAUGCUCGUGAUGGGAAGAAAACAAAUCAGUAUUUCUAGUCACACUGCGAGAUGUGUCGUGUAAUGAGUAAGCAAAAAUAUGUAAGUAGGGUGAACGACGUCACCGCAGAUUAAGGAUUGAAACACUCAGACCAACACCUUGGGUGACAGAAUAAUAAAGCGCAGUUGCGUGCAGUGAGCCUCG